GGCCUCCUUUCUAGACGAUGGUGUUGUUCUAGACCUCCUGCCAAAAGCUUGUGGCUCUGGAAUCGAUGCAACGUCCUGCUAUUACUCUUGAUGCUUCGACGUGCUUGUAGGUUGGUGGCGCAAAGCCCAGAGGUGGGGUGUUUCGCCGCUGAUUAUAGAGACUCCAUAACUUGGAGAGAAGCGUUUGCAUCUGUACUGCACUGCACCAGUUUGAGUGUAGUUGGGUUCAUUGGAAUCUCACGACAACCAUGGGGCGGGAGCCACACCCAUGUUGCGAUGCGUCUUCGACGAGCAUAUAUGGGGAGUUGGAGGCCCAGGAGUUUUAUGACAAGCAUGGGGUUGCGUACGUCGAGGAUACGCUGGUGAACUCGCGGGGUUUGAGGCAAUGUUGGCGUUCGUGGGUGCCGGUGGGGGAGGAGUUGCGGGGCGUGGUUUGCGUAUGUCAUGGCUAUGGUGCGGAUUCUGGAUGGUUGGUGCAGCUGACGUGCAUUGCUAUCGCAAAGGAGGGUUACGCGGUUUACGCCAUUGACCACCAAGGUCAUGGUAAAUCUGAGGGUCUCAAGGGACAUAUUCCUGAUAUUAAUGUGGUUGUCGACGACUGCAUUGCCUUCUUCGAUCCCAGGCGGGACUCCCACAAAGGCCUACCCUUUUUCUUAUAUGGUGAGUCAUUGGGUGGAGCCAUUGCUUUGCUUAUUCACCUCAGGCAGCCGGAGCUUUGGCAAGGAGUCGUCCUUAAUGGCGCUAUGUGUGGGAUCGGCAAAUUCAAGCCCCCUUGGCCAGCUGAAUAUUUGCUUGGCCUUAUUUCGGGUUUUAUUCCCACUUGGCCGAUUGUUCCUACGAAAGAUAUUCCUACCGUAUCUUUCAAGGAGCCAUGGAAGCGCAACCUUGCUCGGAUCAAUCCAAACAGAUACACUGGCAGGCCUCGAGCUGCUACCGCCCGGGAAUUUUUGCGAGUUGUCAAAGAGAUAGAGGAUCGGGCAUCAGAAGUUACAGCUCCGUUGCUCAUUUUACAUGGAGAUCAAGACAUAGUGUGCGAUCCCGAUGGCAGCAAGACGCUGCACCAAAAUGCAGCCAGCAAAGACAAAACUCUGCAUCUCUAUCCAGGAAUGUGGCACCAGCUAGUGGGUGAGCCCACGGAAGGAGUAGAGCAAGUGUUCGGAGACAUGUUUUCGUGGCUGGAAACACAUCUGUCUCCACAAGCUUGCACUUGAACAACUUCAUUGAAAUCUCUUUUUCACAUCAUUUGAUAUUCCUCUCUGCCAAUUGUAGCCUGGAUUCGAAGUCUGAAACUUGCAAACCCAAGACUUUCUCUACCCCACAUAGAAGGAUCUCAAAAGAAAAAAUCUAGUACCCUUGUUUUAUGUACAAUCUGUUCAGACAGUAUAUUUUUUGAAAAACUAAAAUGUAAUAUAGUGUGACAUUUACGUUCAAAUACGCACGUGACAUUGGACUUUG